UAUGGCUCUCAAAGUUUCCCGCGUCAUCAGACGGUUUGUUCACUACGGACCACUCCUGGCAACUUUCAUCAUCGUGCUGGUGACCAUCAUGACCCUGACUUGCAUCAUGGUAUCCACUCCUAUCACAAGUUUUAAACUUCCUAACGGCAGACCAUCCUGGCAACAUCAUAUGACAUUGGGCUCCUUCAUAAACAUGACGGUGUUCCUGUGUUUUGCGAUACUAACAUCUUUCCACUUCUUGGCGUGUAUGAUACAUGGUCCUGGAUAUGUAAAGAAUAACUGGAAACCUGAGGUUAAGGAUAUAGAAAGUAAACUGCAGUUUUGCCAAGAAUGUGAGGGGUUCAAGUGUCCGAGGUCUCAUCACUGUAGGAAAUGUAAAAGGUGUGUUAAGAGAAUGGACCACCAUUGUCCGUGGAUAAAUGCCUGUGUUGGCCACAAGAACCACGCCCACUUCAUCAGAUUCCUUUUCUACGCAGCUUCUGGCUGUUUUUAUGGGGGCACCAAUCUAGCAGCGACUGUUGUGAAGAUUAUAUUUUACGGCAGCAAAAAUUUCAUCAUAGCUUACUACUUCAACAGCUUGCCAAAGUUUGUAAUACUGGUAUUUUCCUGCGGAAUAGCUUAUGGAGUAUCCCUAGCUGUCGGAUUCCUUCUUGUUAUGCAGUUACGGGACAUAUCUAAGAACACUACUAGUAUAGAAUCAUGGAUUAUCAGAAAGGCUGAAUGGAGACACAGUCACCUAGGAACCACUUUUACUUACCCAUACCACCUUGGGUCUAGGUGGAAUAAUCUGACACAAGUCAUCAACAUGUCCAACUUUGCUAAGGGUGACGGUUACACGUGGCCAGUGGUUCCGGGAACAGAUCAGUACACUUUCACAGAGGAGCAGAUACAACAGAAACUACUUAAACGACAACGUAUGGUAGAUCAUGUGAUCACAGGGCCCUACGUCACCAACUGGUUCUCUCGCCUAACCCUCGCAAACCCUCUCCUCUUUUGCGUGUGUAACGGACUGGACGAACAGUAUAUAGCUGUUAACAAGGGAGACAAGGUCCUCGUAUCGCGCUGGCGCAAGCGUUGGUUGUAUGGUUGUAUAAAGAGAAAGCUAAAAAAUAAGGAUGGGAAACUAGUCGAGAAAGAGAUUGGAGGAUGGUUUCCCAGAAUUUGCGCUAUGGAAACAGCCGAACAGACACAAAAGAAAGUGGAAUAAUAUAAUAAGGAGUACAUUAUAAGGAGAACAUUAUUUAGAUUAAGAGUUUCAAGUACAUUUUUCCUCAAAAUAGUCAAUAUCAGAUAUGAAUACUGGGACUCAUUUUGAUUCUUUAAUAUACAUGGCGUGUUCAUUUAUACUUAUAGUGAGUUACUAUUGCAGAUAUUUAAUCGUCAAAAAUUUCCAUGUUUUGUGAACGUGUCACAAGAUUAUUGUUCUGGUGAUUAACAAUAUGCUAUUUUCUGCUGCCAUUAAUUUUACGGAACUACGCGUGACAAUUUAGAACUAUACUUUUUAAUUAAUGUUUUUGACAAUGGUAAAAAGUUUAAUUAAAAGGCUUAAUUCAUUUCAGAGGGUAUUUGUUCGUGUCAGAUUUCAGAAUAUUGUUAAUUAGAAUAUCAAUAAUUAAUUAAUAAUUAUUAAUGAUUAUUGGUAAUUUGGGGUGUUUGUUUAUUUAAAGUUUUUGGUUACCUCUUUCAUAUUUCUAUGUUAUUAUUGUAUGUAUAUUUGAAAACUUCUUCAAACGCUGCUUA